CGUAUAUCAAUAUAACCCAUGGCUCAUGGCUCAUGGCUAUUAUCAUAAUCAUACCACAAACCAACAUUUAUGUAUACAAGCCCCGAUUAAAAUGCUAACUCCCCCACAAACUGCAGUUCAUCCUUCUAGAAUCCCCACUAAUCUCUUAAUAAACCGAAACCCGCUGCUAACCUCGAUCCUACAAUCUGCAAGUCGUCACUUAUUACUCACCUUGUUUGCGACAUAAACCAAUCUCUAUCUUUGUGACUGUCAAUCGAAUCUACAUAGAAGAAAGUUUCAACUCUUGUACACAGAGACGCGAAACAAGUAUAAACUUGUUUUCAUGCGCAUGAUAGAGGGCAAGCCUCUAAGAUAAGAUGGCGAUGGCCAAGAAGGCACGGCAGAGAAUAAGUUACGUCUUACCACUUGCGAAUUCUCCGGGCGGACAUAGAUUGGGUGUGAAUGGUUUGGCCGUGGAUAGUGAGCAGUCAAUUUUAUACUCAGGAGGCCGAGAUGGUGCUAUUUGCGCCUGGGAUCUAAAUUUGGAUCUGCGACCAAAAGAACCCUCCACCAGUAAUCCAUUCGACGAUCCGCCUUCUUCCGAAUCUAAGCCAAAGUCUGCGACCACUUUCAGAGCGCAAACUCAAGCUCAUACGCAUUGGGUCAAUGAUAUAGUACUUGCGAAAAAUAACACGGCGCUGGUGAGCGCAUCGAGCGAUUUGACUGUAAGGGUUUGGAGACCUUUGGAGAAGGACAGUGAACCGGUGACAAUUGGUCAGCAUGCGGAUUAUGUGAAAUGCCUCGCUAGUCCUGGCAAUACCGCCAAUUGGGUUGCUUCGGGUGGUCUAGAUCGACGAAUUUGUCUCUGGGAUUUGAACGGAGGCGGAAAACAACUCGAAAUUGAAGUCGGCGACGAGGACACUUCUGAGAAGGGAUCGGUAUAUGCGUUAAGCACUGGAAACAAUAUACUGGCAGCUGGAGGACCAGAAUCAAUCGUGCGCUUAUGGGAUUCGAGAACGGGGAAGAGAAUCACAAAGUUUGUGGGCCAUACGGAUAAUGUUAGGGAUAUAUUGAUUAAUGAAGCGGGCGAUAUGAUUAUGACGGCGAGUUCGGAUCAGACAGUUAAAGUGUGGAGUAUGACGGCUGGAAGAUGUAUGCAUACACUCACGAUGCACAAUGAUAGUGUUUGGUCGCUGUUUUCUGAGGAUCCAUCGCUUGGCGUUUUUUACAGUAGUGAUCGCUCUGGAUUGGUGGCCAAAACAGACAUCAGAGGUACACUAGGAGAACUAGACGAUGGAGUUUCAUUGGCGCUGGCGCAAGAAAAUGAUGGUGUUACUAGAGUUAUUGCUUCCGGGGAGCAUAUCUGGACGGCGACGUCAAGUUCCUCCAUUAAUCGCUGGGCAGAUGUCGAUACUGGAUCAGAUAUUCAAUUCCCAGAAGCCUAUCAGCGUCAUCGCGCUACUAGCUCUGCUUCAAAACCCAGGGCGGCUUCACCUCCUGUCACUAACGGACAACCUAAGAAAGAGAUUCCUCUGAAAUCCAUUUUGAGGAUUUCAAAUACGGCAAGCUUUCCGGCGCCAGCCGUAAGAGAUUCGGAUUCUGUCACCAAUUUCUCGGUAGUGAAUGGUGGGGGGAAAGCAUCCGAGCCAAUUGUGGAUCAGGAUUUAGGAGUGAUUGUUCCAAUUCAUACAUUACCCGAAGAAACUAUCGAGGGACAACAUGGUCUGGUGAAGCACAAACUUUUGAAUGAUCGUAGGAGGGUUUUGACUUUAGAUACUGCUGGAGAUGUGCUAUUAUGGGAUCUUCUCAAAUGCAUGCCUAUCAAAUCUUUCGGAAAAUGUCAUCUCGAAGAUGUAGAGCCGGAAGUGAAUACAAUGGAAGCCGUGGCGCCUUGGUGUUCAUUGGACACUAGAACUGGUCGAUUGGCUGUUGUUUUAGAGGAGUAUAAUUGUUUCGAUGCGGAGAUGUAUGCGGAUGAACUAGAACUGAAAGAUGACAUUGAGUUUAGAGAAGAUCAAAGAAUAAACCUCGGGAAGUGGAUAUUACGGUAUAUUUUUUCUAGACUGGUUGAUGAGCAAAUUAAAAAGGAUGAAGCCUUCCGCGCCGAGCUUAAUGAAAGCGUCAAGGCAAGACGAGAAGCCAGUCCACCGACCUCCAUCAUCAUACCCAAUGCUUCUGUAACUCCUUGGGAUCAGCAAGGUUCCUUGACUCCGCGAGCAAACGGCACUCAUUAUCCUGCCAUGACCCCUGGAAUGGGUAUUGGUGUUGCCACUCCUGGGCUUGGCAGUCAUCUACCUUCUGUGUCUGAAGAUGGCGGGCCAUUGGAUAAACGAGGAUCACAAGCAAGUCGGAGCUCAGCGGAAAAGCCAGACUAUUUUGGAAGCUCAGCGAUCACAAACGAUCCUCCCAAACAACCAGUUGUGACAACAAGCGACAGUCAAGAGGCUAAAUCUCCAGCGGUAGAUACAGAAAAGGAAAACAAUGGUAAGGAUAGCAGCAAAUCGUUUGGCAUGAAGUUUCGUAAAGGAAUGUCCUUCGGGACGAAGAAACUUGGUCGUUCAUCUUCUACUACCAUGGAUAAACCAGUCGUACUAGAUGACAACAAGGACAAAGCUACAGACGAAGGAUCGGAGUCUUCGGAAGCAGGUGAUAAACCUCCUGCCGAAAAAGAAGUCGAAGAUAAUUUCAAUGGUACGAUACAGAAGAUUCGAAACGAAUAUGAUAGAUUACUCGUGGAGAAUCCGGCUCAAGAAGUUGAGACUUGUAUCACGCCUAGCUUACCACCUGAGACACCAGUGCUAAAGAUUCCUGGUGGCACUACUGUUAUCAUUCAAGAAGAAACGAGUGGUGGUGUUAAGGAUCUGUAUAGAGGCAGUGUAGAGACGGUGGGUGUAGAUGCUGAUCUCAUUGCCGAGAAAGCUCCAAUGUGGUUGGGCGAACUACUCCUAAAGAACAAAAUUCCACUCAAAGAUCCCGUCAAAGUCUCAUUCAUUCUUCAGCCCUACCAAGAUCUUCUCCCCUCUAUCGCAGGCCCUGACGGCAAUGCGAGACUCAAUGCAAAUCGUAUGUUGAGGGUUAAGAAGAUUCUGGCUUAUGUGGCGGAGAGAAUCGAGCCGGCAAGCGAGCAGCCGAAACCCGAGGUCAUGAAGCCGGAGGAUUAUUUGGAUUUAUAUUGUUAUGAACAGAAACUUCCCAUAACAAUGUCCCUUGCUACCCUCCGUGCACACGUCUGGAAGGGCGGUGCGGAUGUAUUGUUGUAUUACAAGAGCAAUGGAAAGAGGACUAUCAGAUCCGAAAAGUUUAUUCAGGAAAAUGGGAAUGGCGAGCAGAGUUCUGGGGAUGCUGGAAACGGAACUGGAAUUACUGGUGCCGGAACUGGUGCCGGAAAUGGUGCUGCGGCGCCGGUGACCGGAGGUGGAACUACGAGUUAUGUUGGGCCAUAGAUGCGAGUUGAAGUUGAAAACGACAAUGCAGAAGCCGCGAAGAGAGGAAAUGGAGAGGAAAGAAGACUCUUGGUUAUACACGUAUGGCUGGCGUGCUAAGUGGUGUUCAUUUAGUAUAACAAAAGGUUAGGAGUAGUGUAUGUAUGGAUUGGUGAACGAAAGAGGUUUGAAACCUCUUUGGCUGGAAGGAAUAUAGUAGGCUAUGCUAUACUUGAUAGUUGGAAGCUAGAUGCUCGAAUUUAGGAGUAAGAUUUAGGGGUGAAUAACAUUCUUAUACUUCUUAUCUAUUUGAGAUUGCGGAGAUCGCAGAAGUUUUGAUGUCGGAUCUGUGAUGUUGUGGGAUGAGUGUGAUGAUAUUUUUCGUGGCGUUAGGAUACUUGAAAGUUGAUUUUGCAUGUUUGAGUGUAGGAGUUGUGAUAAGAAGUCAAAAAUUAGUGAGACAUUUCUAUAUUCUUUGGCA